AUGGUACGUCCCCCCAAACCUCUCCCAGCCCACAACCUAACACCUCCCCAGAAACUAAACCUCCUCCACCUCCUCUUCCCAGCCCUCCACACCACCGCCUCACACGACACCUUCGCCACAACCGUCCGACGCUCCCCAGCCCCCUACUGGACCUGCAGCCCAUCAUCCCCCACCACCACAACCAUCACCGGCCCGGGCCUAUCAGGCCUGCACUCGAUCCACGCCGUCUUCACGACCCUCUACGGCCCGGAGCCCCUGACCCUCGGCCCCGAGGAAGCCCGCGUCGCGACCUGCGGCGGUCUCCUCUUCGGCCUCUGGAACGGGCGUCCGUACCCCGUGACCGAGAAGCCCGGGUUCCGGGACUCGGUGGCCGCGCGGGAUCCCGGUGAGAAUGGGAUGGAGUGUCUCGGGGACGGGGAUGAUGGGGACGGGGUGGAGGAUGACAUGAGGCUGAGUUACAUGUUUGGGGUCGGGGAGGAUUCGUGGGUUAGCGGGGGGAUGACUGAGGUCCGGCGCUGCGAGGACUGA